AUGAAUCCAAACCAGCCGAACACUUCCCCAAUGGCCAAUUCUCUGCAAGCGUUGAGCGGCACGGCGCUGCCCAUACUGAAUAACCUUCAAAUCUCGUCCACAGCCAACGCCGCAGCCAUGCUGGAGAGCAGCAAUCUGUAUUCGAAUGGGGUAAGUUUGAAAUUUCAGCGAGAAUUUUUGGAAAAAUUUUGAAAAAUUAAAAAAAAAACAUUGUAAAAUACGUCGUAAUGAAUCAGGUCGGACAUCAAAAAAUUUUUUUUUGAUGUCAAAAAAUUUAUUUUGGAGUAAUUUUCCCCAAAUUCGCACUGCACAGUGCAAAAAAUUAAAAAAAUUGACUGCACCGUGCGAAAAAUCAAAAAAAUCUUGCACAGUGCAGCUGCGACAGUCAAAACGAAAAAUUUUUGCCGCACAGUGCACACGCGACAAAACUGAGUAUUUUGCACAGUGCAAGCGGCGACAAAAGUUUUCGCACCGUGCAAACGCGACAAAAUGAAAAAUUCUGCACUGUGCAGUGAGAAAAAAGCUGAUUUCACUGCACUGUGCAGUAAAAAGGCUAUUUUCACUGCACAGUGCAAAGAAAAAAGGCUAUUUUCACUGCACAGUGCAAUGAAAAAAGGCUGAUUCCACUGCACAGUGCAAUAAAAAAAGAUAAUUCCACUGCACAGUGCAAUGAAAAAGAAGUGUUUUUUGAUUGAUAAGAGCUUGAAAAAUGACAAAAUUUCGGUCAAAAAAGUGCAACCUCUCAUUGAAAUACCCAACCGAUGAACUGCUAGCCCAGCCGCCCCUUCCUCCCUUUCUUAUUUAUCUUUUACAAAUAUUUGUUGUAGCUCUCUUUACACAAGUUUUUCGUAUGUUUGCUGUAAAUGUUUAUAUUUAACCGUGUUUUAAAUUUCGUCCCCGCCCCUUCGGCGGUGCGGUUUAUUUGCAAAUGUAUACGACGGGGCUUGGACGAAAUGAAAUAGGAAAAAUUUUUUGAAAAGUGAGAAGUUUGAAAAAAAUAUUUAUAUUAACAAUAAUCUAAUACCUAAAUGACACAAAAAAUGUCUUUAUGGUGUUCUAAAAAUGACAAACGCUUUAGCAAACCUCUUUUCAUGGCACCCAUGCCCUUUUUUGGAACUAAAAAAAAGUCUUUUUCGCACAGUGCGAUGAAAUUUUUAAAUCGAUAAAUUUUUUACCAUCUUUUUUCAACUAGACUAAAGUUAUGUUAGAUGGAUGUUUAGCCUCCCAAAUAGCCUCAAUUUAUCCCAUCAACCUCUAAUUUAUCUUAUUUUAGACAUUAGAAAAACCGAUUUUAUUAUUGCAUCUGCACGGUGCAAUCAAAAUUCAAAAUCGUGUUUUUUUCGAAUUUCUCAAUGAAAAAUGAAGACACAAGAAAAUAAGACGUAUUUUAAAUACAAUUAUCUUCUAACUAAGACAAUAAAAAUUUAGAAAUACCUUAUUUUAGCCUCUAAAAUACGAUGUUUUACUUUUGUCAACGCACUGUGCGGAUUUUUGAAAAUCUUUUUUUCUUUAUUAUCGCUAGUAAAAAAAGUGUGGCACCAAAUUUUAAUCAGCACCUUUUCCUGAGCCUGCAAAUUUUGGCUCUUUCUCGCCCUUUAAAGCAAUUUUAUUUGAAAAAAUUCCGGGUGGAAAGUGACCAGCCCACUUUCGCCCAAGAAGAGCGGUUGAUAACUCGCUCCACUAUCGCCGCCGAUGCCCGACACGGUGUCAGGCAUUCGAAAAAACACCAGUUAUCUUAUCAGCGGUCAGUUUUUGGAGGGACCUUUCCCAGAACGGAUCUUCGGCUGGGUUAAAAGCCCGUUUUCAAGUGCCUGUCCCAUUUUCCAACUAAAAGUUUUGACCUCAAUCUUAAGACUAGACCUUUUUAGAGGUUCUAUGAUUAUUAAAAGCCCAGUUUUCUUACUGUAUUUUCCAAAAAAUCCAUUUUUUGGCCAAUCCUUUGACCUCACAAAAAUCCCGAGGAAUUAGGAUAUUACGCGACUUUACGACCGCAAUAUUUUCUUUUGCGCAAGCCUUUUGUCGCAUUAGAUCUUACCGCACGCAUAAAUGGCAAUAAAAUUCAUAUUCCUUCAUGGAAACAUCUCCGUAAUAAUACAUGUUACCGUAAUCAAGUUUUUAUAGGUUUACGGAACCCACCGUGUCGUAUUUUACAUCCUACAUGGCAAUUUUCCUUCAUUUAGAGUUUUAGAAUAGUAUUUAACGUUUUUUAUUCCAAAAAUUUGAAAAAGCGACGUUUUAUACGAUGAAAUGUGCUUGGACAUGUUACUUCGUAUAACUUGUCGCUUUUUGGGAAUUUUUGAUUAAACAUAUUUGCGCAUGAUUUUAAAUAAAAACAAACAUUUUGGGACUCCGUAUUUUACGCUUUCUGCUUGAACUUUUGAUGCAAAUUUGAUCAAAAACAUUGUUUUACCCAUCAAAUCCAAAUUUUUCCAAAAAACCCAUCUUUCUCCAAUUUUUCUGCAAAGUUGCAUGUCAUAUGCCGCCGAUAGGUCUUAAUCAUAAAAAUGAGUCGAUCGCCGCUUGCUCAUGGGCCAGUUAUCAUGCGAAUAUUGUUAUUGAGGUUAUCAGUUCGGGGGUCUUAGCGGGAAGUGGCGAUUCAUCGGCGAGGGAGUUUGAGCGCCCUUUCGGAGGGGGGAAUUAUGAAUUGUGGAGGGCAAUCUAUGCUUUCUUUUUGGUUCUAAUCACUGUUAGGGGUGGUGGCGACGAUUUUGAGGGUAAAUUUUGAUUUUGACCGGUUUUUGGGGUUUUAAAGGACUUGUCGUAUAAAAUGUCACUUCACUUUUGAUUUUUGAAGUCUGAGAGGUUUGUAGAGGCAUAGGCUACUAUCUAAAAACAGCAGGGUAUGCUUUUACACGCUUACGGAGCUUUUAUAUUACUUUAGUGAUCAAGAUCAAAUUCUUCGUAUAAAAUGUCGCCCAACAUGAAUUUUCCCCCAUUUUUGAACUCCAGCUAUUCUACAACCUACAGAGGUUGUUUUGCACCAAAAACUUCCUAUUUCCUAUAUUGCUUUACCGUGUUCAAGCUAUCAAAACUUCUCUUCGUAUAAAACGUCCCCUUCCUCCGUCUCCGAUCUCUGAUUUCCAUAACAAGCGCGAACCCGCUCCCCAACUGUUGCAGGACCGAAAAUAACCGCCUGAAGUCGGGGUAGGCUGAAAGCCAUUGGGCGGAUAAGAAUAGAAACACUCGCCGCGCGCAUUUUACGGUCCUUUUUUUCUUUUCACGUCCGAUUGCGCAAUAAUGGAUUGGGGCGACCGUAUCGUGUUCGAAUGGGGAGUCCCAUUCCGUCUUCUGUGGGGGUUAUGCUGUGGUCCCCAUUGUUCUCGGCGACAUUGUAUGGGCGGUAAUAGAGUUUUCCGAAGGGGUUUGCGCUGCAAAACUAAUGAAAAAGGGGAAGAGUGGGCGGAUUUUCCGGAAUUUUGGGGUUAGAGAAAAUCAUUGUGAUCUGACAAUGAUCUCAGCGAUUUUUUGGCCUAAUUGACGGUAUAAUUAUGUGGAAAAAACGGUAAAUUUUAGGCUAGUCAUCAGCUAUGAUGGGUAAUAUAAUUUUGAUCUGAAAAAAUAAUUUUUUUGUAAAUUUCUGGUAGAAAACUGUUGAAUUAUCAAGUAAAAGGCCUUAUUUUUUAAUUGAGGGAGGUUUUUCAUGCCGAGACUUAUGAAAGUUGCAUAAAAUCGUAAUUUUUUGAAAUUUUAGACCAAUCUGCCCGAUUUUUUUGCUUUUUUGGGUUUUUUUUGAAUCGUUAAUCUCAAAAAUAGCUUAUAUGCAAAUAAUAGUCUAUGUCACACUUUUAUCUAACUGUUUUUUAAUGUAAAAUACGCAUUGUAUAACAUUUUUUUCAUUUUUGUCCCAAAAACCGCAAAAAAUCUGAAUUUUUUGUCAAAUUUGGUGAUUUGACCUUUGCCUUUGACUUUCUUUGACUUGUAAUAGGCCUCAACUAGUCUCUAUUUUCCAACCAAAAGAUUUGCCGACAAGAAACAUAAAGCUUUCCUCAAAAUUUUAUAUUAUCCAUCAUAAUGGCGGCCAUUAAUCUCAUUAGCCCCACCCAUCUCUCCUCACUUUCGCCCUGAUGCGUAAUUUCGUCUUAUUCCGGCGGCGUGAAGCAUCAUAAACCUUUUGGAAUCACGACCAGCGUUUUUUAUCGCUUUUCCCUCUCCGCCAAUCGAAGGGGAAGAGGGGGGCCUGACUCAUGCAAGCCCCAUCGAAAAUCGUCUCGCCCUUCGCUUUUUUCCCGACUUUUUCCGUCCGUCCUGAAUUCCGUUGGGCCAAAAGUCGGCGAGUUUUGGAAUGAGUUAGUCAUUCCGUGGCUACGUUGUCGCUGAUUGGCCGAAUUCGGCGAUCAGCCAAUCAGCGGGCCGCUCGCAAUGGCACGGAGAGAUUUGAGGAUUACAGGAUUUUGAGAGUGUGGAUUAGCGAUUUUCUGACGGAAUAUGAGAGAAUAGAGCGUUAGCGAUAUGCUAUGAUGAUUUUUUAACCUUUGGGAUUUUGUAAAAUACGAGUUUUUUAAGUCUCGCUGAGACAGGUCGAAAUUGAAAAAUUGGUAAAAUUUUGGCAAACGUUGUAUUUUAAACAAACAUAAAAUGUUUUCCGACUAAUUUUCAUGACAUUUAUGGCCUCAGGGCAUCUUAUUUAGUUGUAAUUUGAUUGAAAAAUUACGAAAAAUCUCAAAUUUUGCUUUUUUCAUCGAAAAAUAGGCUUUUAUUGUAAGAUACGACCAACUUUUCUAUUAAAAAAUACUUGAAACAUACUCCUCUAUACUCCAGGAGUCACUUGGAGCAUUUUAAAUGCUAUUUAAUCGCAUAAUUUUUUAUAUUUUUCUCAAAAUUUUUGUAAAAUUUUGCUUUUUCUCUCAUUUCCUCAAAUUUUUUAGUUUCAAACCAUGUCGAGUGCGGACUAUGCGAACCAAAUGAUGUCCACAUACACUGCGCCCGGCAUCAACUACCCUCAAUACGCGUACAGCACCAAUCUGGCGAACGCGACCUUGUACGGCCAAAACUAUGACAACUAUGCGGCCGGAACGGUGGCGGCGCUGCAACAGGCCGGAGUGGCGUAUAAUUUCAAUAUGGGACAGUUGAGUGACACGUCGUCGGUGCCGCAGAGCAGUUCGCCGUUGGAGGAGGAGUUGAGCAGCAGCUCGAGGGGCAAUGGCGGAGGUCGGGGAAGACGGAACAGAGAGGAUGGAACUGUUACUUUCACACAUCAGGAGUUGGUGAGUUGAACUUUAUUUUUGCUAUUAGGUAGACAAGCCCUUAGGCUAUCAAAUUUCCAAAAAUGGAGGGUUUUAAUUCACUUGGCCAAAAGCUAUGGCUCAUUUUCUAAGAUCAAGAUUUUUAAAACCUUGAAAGGUAAAAGUUACUAUUUAAGACUCUCAAGUAGUAAAAAACUUUAAUUUAUUUCUUUCUGGUGAACGCAAAGUCCUUGGACUGUUAUUCUUCCAAAAAUCAGUUUAGCAGAUAGGCUUGGCCAAAAGUUAUGGCCAAUUUUCUAAAACAAAGAUUUUUGCUACCCUGAGAAGUAAAAGUUACUAUUUAAGACCCUUAUAUAGCUAAAAAGGUGAACUCAAUUUUUUGUGGUGAUAGCAAAACCCUUAGGCUAUAUAUUUUCUAAAAAUCAGUUUGGCAGAUGCCCGUCGCCAAAAGUUAUGGCCAAUCUUUUAAGACAAAGAUUUUUAAAAUAUUGACAAAGUAAAAGUUACUAUUUAGAACCGUUAUAUAGUAAAAAAAGUUAACUUUAUUUUUUAUGGUAGUUUAGCAGUCCUUAGGCUGUUUAUAUUCUAAAAACCAUUUUGAUAGUUGCACUUGGCCAAAAGUUAUGGCCAAUUUUUUAAAAUUCAGGUUUUGUAAUUUUUGAAAAGUUCAAAUUACUAUUUAACCCCUUAAACCUGUAAAAAAUAGCAAAAAAAAAUUACCGUUGUAAAAUACGGCCUUUGCAAUUAUCUGCUUAGUGUAUCUACUCAAAAAAACCUCAAAAUUUCGAUUCAAAACAGAAUGCCAAAACUCCGCGGGAAAUUCAAAAAUUCCAACUCCGAACCGUCCCAACUCUCUAAAAAACGGAUUGAUUUUUGACGGGUGAAACUUUUUGCCCCCCAGAACCGUCAUAUUUAUUUAUUUUUGCGGUUAUCAAAAAGAUAAACUUGACAAUGUUUGUCUAUUUGUUUAUUGUUUGACAAGUGAUAAUUAAGCAAACAUUGAUAGGUAAAAGGAGAGGAAACUGAUCGACAUUUUGUUUCUUUCGGGUGGGUUGCGGAAUGAGCAUGAUUUUUUGGGGAUUUUUUUGAAAAACUUUUUUUGACUUGCGAUGAAAAAAAAUGUUUUCUGCCGGGUUUUUGGGAAAUUUGUCGAAGAAAAAAUCAAUUUUUUAGUGAAAAAACUUUGUUUUUUGUGGAAAUUUUAACAAGGAAAGUACUUUUAUGGGGGCUCCUACUUUUUGACGGGACAUAUCUCAAAAAAUCAGAAAAAAUGUGGUGCAAGGAUAUAUAAAUCUUAGCUGCCCAUUUUAGGUUUUUAGGGGUGAAAACUCAAUCGGAAGUUGACUUAAAGUCCUAUAUGAACCCCUUUUCGCUUAAUUUUUCACAGGUUUACAAUUUUUAUUUUGGCUUAAAAUGAUGUUUAUUGUGUUUCUAAGACGUAAUAAAUCAGUCUUGGCACAAAAAUUUAUUUUUCCGACCUUCAACUUCAAAAAAAGUUGAUUCGGCCCAAAAGGGAAAUCGAACCCGUGCGGCGUCCUCCCUCUUGAUUCCCAGACUACGGCACUAACCACUCGGCCACAUCGCUCUCUUCCGAAGGAAGAGACCGACUGCGCUUUUUAGCGUUUCGAAUGCCUGCGCCUUUUGUAGGGAAAUUAAGCCAGUUUUUGGGCAUUUUCACCCCUAAAAACCCAAAAUGGGCAGCUAAGAUUUAUAUAUCCUUGAUCAGCACAUUUUUUCUGAUUUUUUGAGAUAUGUCCCGUCAAAAAGUAGGAGCCCCCAUAAAAGUACUUUCCUUGUAAAAAAAUUUGAAAUUAAAAAUUUUUUUUUAAUUUUAUAAUCCAUUUGCACUGUGCAGUCCAUUUUUUCACUGCACAGUGCAGUUUUUUGCCGCUGCACUGUGCAGAAAAAAAAUUUUUUUUUGCACAGUGCAAAAUUUUUUUUUUGAACUUAAAUUUUUUUUUUCGGCUUAAAAUCUCGGUUAUUUCUGCAAAUCGCAGGCUAAAAAUCUUGAAUCUCCUUAAAAAUUUUUAUUUUUUUAUUUUUUUUUUGAAAUUUUUUGAUUUUCAAAAAAAAAAUUUGUUUUUGAAAUUAAAAAAAAUGUUUUAAUUUUGAUCCAUUUGCACUGUGCAGUCCAUUUUUUUCACUGCACAGUGCAGUUUUUUGCCGCUGCACUGUGCAGAAAAAAAAUUUUUUUUGCACAGUGCAAAUUUUUUUUUCGAAAUUUUUCGGCUAAAAAUCUCAAAUAUCCUCUCAAAAAUUUAUUUUAUUAUUUCUUUUGAGAUUUUUUAAUUUUCAAAAAAAAAAUUUUUUUUUUCAAUUCCCAAUAUUUUCAGCUCAAAAUCCAAGGCCAGCCGGGCGGGAACUUCGGAAAUCAGAAGCCUCCCUACUCCUACAUUUCCCUCAUUUCCAUGGCCAUCCAAGAAAGCGAGACGAAGCGAAUGACGCUCUCCGAAAUCUACAACUUCAUCACCAAGUACUUCCCCUACUACGCCAACCACAACAACAAGUGCUCGUGGCAGAACUCGAUCCGGCAUUCGCUCAGCUUCAACGACUGCUUCGUGAAGAUCCCGCGCACGCCCGACAAGCCGGGCAAAGGCAGCUUCUGGACGCUGCACGCGCUGUGCGGCAACAUGUUCGAGAACGGCUGCUUUCUGCGGCGCCAAAAACGAUUCAAGCUGCCGAACAAGGAGAGGGAUGGAAGACGACGAAAGGACCGGAAAAGCCAACAGGAAAGGAAUAUGUAUCAGCCGGAUGUGAAGCAGGAAAAUGAGGAUGAAGUGAAGAUGGAGGAGAUGAUCAAGAGUGAGGAACAACAGCAGGAACAGAUGGUCAGUCCGAAGCAUGAGGUGAGAAAAAUUGUAAAAAAAACUUUUUUAGUCAAAAAAUAGAAAAAAAAAAUUUUUUUAGUCAUAAAAUAAAAACAAAUUUUUUAGUCAUAAAAUAAAAAAAAAAUUUUUUUAGUCAAAAAAAAAUUUUUUUAGUCAAAAAAUAGAAAAAAAUUUUUUGGUCAAAAAAAAAAAUUUUCUGGUCAAAAAAUAAAAAAAAAAUUUUUUUAGUCAUAAAAGUUUUCGCACAGUGCAGUUAAAAAAAUACACUGCAAACACGUCAAAAAAACAAAAAAAAAAAAAAAAUUAUUUUUGCACUGUGCAUCCCUAAAAACCAGAUUGAGUGAAAUUUCUUUUCGCACGGUGCAAAACUCUUUGUCUCUUUUUGCUGCACAGUGCAGAAAUUCAAAAAAAGAAACAAAAAAACGCACUGCACAGUGCAGACGAUUAGGUUUUUUUUGCACUGUGCAAAAAGAUGAGUUCUUUGUGCACUGUGCAAAAAAUUCUCUUUUUUCUCUCUGCACAGUGCAAGAGAAUCAAAAACAAGAAAAAAGAAUCUGCACUGUGCAGUCUUCAGAAUGGGACUGCACAGUGCAAAUGGGUUAAAAUUAUCAUCCACGGUGCGAACAUGUUUUUUCAAAAAAAAAUAAAAAAUGAGAUUUUUAGAAAAAAGAUUUCCUCUGCACUGUGCGAAACUGAAAAUUUCAUUUUCGCACUGUGCCAAAAAAAUCAUCAGUUUUUUUGGGAAUGCACAGUGCAAUUAUAAUAUUUUUGUCGUGUUCGCACAGUGCUGAUUUUUUGUUGACUGCAUUGUGCGGAAAAAAAUAAAAAAAAAAAAAAAAAAAAAAAUUGCAAAAUUCAAAAUUUUUUUUCUUAAUUUUUUUGCAAAUUGCACAAGCUCUUUCUAAUCAUCAAUUUUUACCCUAUUUUCCAUUUCAGAACUCCCUGCAACAGCCCAUUCCCACCUCCAUCACACCCUCUAUGCUCAUCAACCAAGGAGGGCCUUCGCCCAGCUCCAACUCCACACACAACCAGUCGGAGAACCAGAACUCGUUCGAGAUGUCCUCCAACUCGAUCCCGAUGAGCUCGCCGAACAACGAACAGACCACCGUCAUCUCGUCGGUGGGGCAGUUCGCGAUGCCGACGUACCAGUACAACAAUUUCUCGAACAUCUACCCCAACUCGGUGGACUUCCAGACGCAGCAGGCGUUGCAGCAGGUGGUGGGCGGGCAGAGUUUUAGUGUGAAUCAGCUGGUCGACUCGCCGCUCGACUACUACGGACAGUAUGGGCUGUUGAGCAAGCCGGCCGCGAAUUACGCGUAUUCGCAACAUACAGUUUAUAAGUAGGUUGAAUUUUAAUUUAUUUUAGUGUAUACAAGUCAAGGAACUUAUAUAUCUUAUAAAUCUCGAUUUGUCCAGAAAAUGUGUCACGAUGACACCUGUUUAAAAUCUGUCAGUGAAAUAAAAAAUGGCUGUAUAUGACUGGGAAUACUGCCUAGAGCACGCAAAAAAAUAAAAAAUCGUCGCUGCGAUAAAAAUCCAGAAAAUCCGUCAUCCAAAUUUCGCGAUGAAAAAGUUGUAAGCCCAAAUUUUUUUAUGUACACUCUAGACAGUACUUCUAGCAACAUAACGUCAUUUUUUAAAUCACUGACGCAUUUUAAAUAGGUGUCAUCAUGACACAUUUUCUGGACAAACACUGAUUUAUAAGUUUCUCGACUUAUGUACCUAAAAUAUUCGUUUUUUGUAGCUUUUUGAACAUCUAAUUACCUUGCUUUUCAGCUCCAACCAUCCCGAAUCCGAAGCCAACCUCUGA